AUGGCACCGAAGCCAUCGAAAGCUUCAAAAGCUCAACCCAAGGCCCCAGAACCGAUAAAAGAGUAUCCCAACAUCGCAGCCUUCCAUCAAGCUACCUACGAAAAUUCAAGACCAUACCACAAACCUCUGGCAAGCUUAUCGGCCACGGAAAAAACCCAUUACGCGUAUGCCCGAUUGCUCGAAACGGGUAUCUGGAAAUCCUGGGACGAGUUCCAGCGAAAAGACUUCUGGAAAUACAUAGAGACGAACAAGAUUCCGGUUCCACUCCCGGAACCAAAGGACCUCGGGAGGGACAGGAACGGAAGAGAUAUUAGCAAAUACAGCGUAAAAGAAUACGAGGAGUACCAGAAGAGGGAGCGCGGGUUGGAGGGACUAGUCAGGGAGAGCACGAGAUUUAGAGACCGUCAGAGAAGGCUAAGGAGAAGUGGAAGAGCUGGAGAGGAUAUUGAAGGCGAGAUUGAGGAAGAAAGAAAUAGGAGGAAAUUAAUUGGAGUGCUGAGAGGGAAGAAAAUGGGUCGUUAUGAGGAGGAUCCUGAGUGGGAUGAUGUUGUUCCUAUUGCGCAGGAUGAUGGGGAGGGAGCGCUUGCACAGAUUGCUUAUACGGAGGAGUAUAGUGAAGCCAUGUCAUAUCUGCGCGCUGUCAUGUCGACCCAAGAAAAAACACCCCGAGUCAUCGCCUUAACCUCACACAUCAUAUCCCUAAACCCGGCGCAUUAUACUGUUUGGCUUUACCGUGCCUCUACGCUCUUCGCCAUCAACUUUCCAAUACAUGCGGAAAUCGAGUGGGUUAACGAUAUUGCCUUGGACAACCAGAAGAACUACCAAAUUUGGCACCACCGCCAACUACUUGUCGACCACCUGUAUCAAGAAAUCAAGGACGAUGAGGCUAAGCUUAAGGAGCUAGAAGACUCUGAAAGAGCAUUCAUGACUGAGAUGUUUGACGCUGAUGCGAAAAACUAUCAUGUUUGGAGUUACCGUCAGUACCUCGUCAGGAAGCUCAAUCUCUGGAACCAAGCAGAGAUCGAGAGUAUUGAGGUGCUUCUAAAGAAGGAUGUGCGCAACAACAGCGCAUGGAGUCAUCGAUUCUUCGUUGUUUUCAAUGACCCAAAACACUGUACGGAAGGCAGUCCAGCGACAGCUCAUGACCCAAAAAUUCCAGAUAAUAUUCUUGACCGAGAGAUUGAAUUCGCUAAAGCCGCAACCUUCGAAGCUCCUCAGAACCAGUCGCCCUGGAACUAUCUACGUGGCGUUCUCUGUAAAGGCGGGCGUGAUCUUUCGAGUCUCGAAUUAUUCGCCGCGGAGUUUGUCAAGGAAGGAAAAGAUGGCGCGGAAGAGGAUGUUAGGAGUAGUCAUGCCUUGGAUUCCCUGGCUGAUAUCUGGGCAAAGACAGAUGUUGAAAAAGCAAAAUGGGCGCUGGAAUUACUGGGGAACAAGUAUGACAGAAUUCGUAAAGGCUAUUGGGAUUGGAAGAUUGGGCAGUUGAUGGAUCAGCCUGUCAAUACACUUGAGGGGAAUCUCGAGGCGCUGAAGGUUUGA